AUGGCUCCAGAAGAAUCUUCCAGUGUUCAUAGGAACAAUCAAUCAGAUGUAUUCGUCUUGACUCUUGAGAAUGAAGACCGAGCAUACGAUGUCUCGUCAUUCUAUCGUGUGCAUAUUGAUGAUCAUGAAGAGGCUGAACGAUUUGAAGUCGCCAAGCACUUGUGGAAGGAAGGACUCAAUCUUUUGGCUGAUGAUAAUGCUUUUUGUGUUCAAAUAUUUGGUGAUGCUUUGACAAAGUCUAUGCGGGUCUACAACCCACACAACCCAAUUCUCAAAGACCACCAACAUCGCCUCCCAUCAAUGCUACUCGCCCAACAAGACCUCGUCACUACCGGUGAAGCAGCAUCUGAUUUGACUGCAACCAUGAUUCGUGCUCUAGCUAGUACAUCCACAUCAACAAUCAACGAAUUCACACCAGUCUUGAACGAAAACCGGAAAGCUACAUCACGCUUCCCAUGCAGUAUGGCUGAAUAUCUCGAUGAUAUGGAAGAUCAUGAUAUGGGAGCAGAGUUUGAAGUGAAUGAUGAGAUGGAGCCUCGUGACCGUGGUCGAGUGCGUGAGAAGAAGAAGAGGGUUGAGAAGUAUAGGGCUAGGAGAAGUAAAGAAGAAGCUGGAUCUGAAACUACGGAUGAAGCCACAGCUCAUGAAGACCGUCUCGUCACCUUCAAAUUCCAUCUUGCACUGGUCAAGGCUAUGAUGUGGCCAAUGUAUGAUGAGAAUGGUCUAGUGCUUACUCGCACUGAACGUCUCAAGCUUGCUGUUAAAGGUCUGGAUGAGUGUGACAAACUGAAAGUCCUCUCAUCUCGCUAUGGCUCAUUCGAUUUCUGGCGCGCUCUCUUCUUGAUUGAGUUGGGUGACUACACUCGAGCCAAGAAGCUACUCAAAGAUGCUAUCUACUUUGACCAUAAGCUCUGGUUCCACAUCCCAACAAUCCACUACCAAGCCAACGAAGUCCAACUGCUACGUCAAUGUCUCUCGAUCUUGAUUGAGACACACAAUACACCACUGACUGAACAAGAUAAGGACGCACUCGAAAAAUUUCCGCAUCGACUUAAAAGGGGCAAAUAUCAAUACGACUCUGUAUACCAAUACGCUCGUGUCCUGCUACUCGAAUUACUCGGUAUCACCAACCACGCCUUCGAGUACAAACAUGUACUCGAUAUCAUCGAAUCAUCCAAAAACAACAAGGAUGUCCUAUCAACCCUUCAUCUCAUCGUAUCCCAAUUCUAUACAUACCUGUUGACUGCACCUCAACAUGCCGAAUACGCAGCUGACGCAUACUGUCUCGCUAUAAUCAUACUGGGUGCUAUUUGUCAAUCUCAUCCGACCGCUGAAGUCAAUUUUACUGGGCUCUUCAACUUGCGUAGUCGAUUAUCGGUUGCGUUGGGUGUUGUCGCUGGAUGGUCUCCUAGGAAGAAUGAUGGUCUUGUACGUAUUGCGCAAAGCUGCUGGGAUGAGUUGAUUCAGUCGGGGGUUCUUGUGGGGCCUAUUGUUAAGGAUGUGAGAAAGUCGCGGUUUGCGUGGGCGGAUGAUGAGCCAGGUGUAGAGCUAUGA